AUGAUAAAAAGUAUAUUGUUUUGGUUUCAGCUCCAUCACAAGGAAUUAUACAACUCUAUUCUCGGAUUAUAUUUGCUAAUAGUUGUACAUAUGUUCAGUCACGUAGUGUGUGCAAAUGACCUUUUGUCGAUGACAGGACCUUAUUAUAGACUGUGUGGCCCUGACCUGUCCCUCGGAUUACAAAGUCUAUGUGGGUCAAGGUAUGCUGAGAGGAAGAAGAAAUGGGACACAGAUGAACUUGAAAAACCAUUGCGUAUUAAAAAAUAUAUAUACAACAAACGCCAAAAUAGUAUUGGAAUAGUGGAAAUGUGUUGUUCUAAUCCAUUUGGUUGCUCAAUAGAAGCAUUAUCAUCCUUCUGUGCUGACGAUUCUGUUUAUAGGGACGCUUUUUUAAGAACCGUCGGUCAUCAUCAAAUUGCAGUUGCAGGUAGACCUCUAGAAGUAACAGCGGAACCAACCGCCACUGACUCAGUUACUGUGCCCCCUUCCAGGCCAAAUAUAGGCCGGAUACGACCGUUUCAUCCACGCCGGAACCAUGGACGAAGUCAUUCAAUUUGGCCUUCAAUUUCCGCGACAAGAAGACCUCACAAGUUUCAGAACACUCUUCAUCAUUUUUGAGAUGAUGGUGCUUUUGACAGAAGAUUUAGGAAUCUCACCGAAAUGAAGAACGGUCAUGCCAAGGGUUAAACACUAAAAACUGGGACUAUGAGAUUCUGUGUGUAAUUAACGUAUAUUUUUGCCUUUUACUUGGGAUCAACUCUAGAAUAAAAUGUACACCAAACAUUCAUACACCUACUCCGGAUUAUCGUAACCUGGGGUUGUCCUUUUUUCAACAUGAGGUAUCUUUCCAUUAGAGCAAGGUUGGA